UUCUACAUAUCCAAUCAUGGAAAAACCAGAGCUGCCUGUGCUAUUGGUGAAUGAAGUGGGAGGAACACUUGGUGUCUUAGAAGCACAUGUGCCAUAUCUGAAGAAACACUUUCACCUUAUCACCAUGAAGGAGUUUCUUGAAAGCAAAGACUGUCUUAGUAUAAAAAUCGAAGCUAUUUAUGUAUGGUGGCACAGACCAAUCAUUGAUCGAGAGCUGUUGAAGAGCCUACCUAACUUAAAAGUAAUUGCAAAUUCAGGGGCAGGAGUGGACCAUUUGGAUUUGAAACUGAUUGCUGAAUUUGGAGUCCGAACGGCCAAUGCUCCCAGUGCUGUCUCCAGCAGCACUGCAGACACUGGGAUGGCCCUGAUGCUGGCGGCAGCGAGAAGAUUAAUUGAAGGUUGCCAGGUGACUACUUCCCCAGACACUGAGUAUUUCCCUUGUAACAUGUUAGGAGACGAAGUCACUGGGGCGACUCUGGGUAUCAUUGGAAUGGGUAGCAUUGGCUACAAAAUUGCUCAAAGGGCCAGAGCAUUUGAAAUGAAAAUUCUUUAUCACAACAGGAACAGAAGGAGAGAAGACGAAGAACUGGCUGUAAGUGCCUGCUAUUGUGGGAAGAUAGAAGACUUGCUCCAGCAAUCUGACUUUGUGAUGCUCGCUGUAAAUUUAACACCCCAGACAUACAAUCUGAUUGGGGAAAAGGAGCUAAAGUUAAUGAAACCUACAGCUACUCUCAUAAAUAUCUCUAGAGGACCAGUUGUAGACCAAGAGGCGCUUGUGGAAGCUCUUCAAGCUGGUGUUAUUAAGGGUGCUGCUUUGGAUGUCACUUAUCCUGAACCACUGCCCAGAGAUCACCCAUUAUUAAAAUUAAAGAAUGUUAUUUUAACUCCUCAUCUUGGUUCCAGAACACACAAAACCACCCGUAUGAUAACCGAGGAAGCAGUAGAAAAUAUACUGGCUGCUCUCUGUGGUUUUCCAAUGCCCAGUGAAGUAUUCCCUGACUAAAGGAGUAGGGCCAUCAGACAUAACAAUAGGCAAUUAGUCUCUCCAGUGGAAUUAAGCUGUUGUCAAAGAUGUAAUUUCAGACGUCAAAGAUAAGGUUCCAUUUUGAAUUUCAUAUGGCCCUAGAUCCUGUCAGUCCUAGACUGAAGAUGCAGAACAAACCUCUAGUAGUUUUUGCAUGUUGUUCACUCCUUUGUGCCAAAUAUUUUUUGCUACACUCAAGAGACUAAAAUAUUCUUUGCUACACUCAAGAUACUUCCAGCACCCCCUGUAUUCCUGGCAGGGCUGGCUCCAGUGUUGCCGGCACUGGAGGCAGCCUAAGGGUUGCAUGAUGACGUCACUGCAUGUGACGUCGUCACGCAGGGGCUGGGUGCGCGCACAGGGGGCCUUCCAGCCCUCCUGUUCAGUUGCUCUGCAGGCCAGGCGCAGCCGGCUGCCCUAGCGGCUGGCUGCACCUGGCCAGCUGAGCAACUAAAUGGGAGGCUGCCCACUCAGCUGCCCCACGCUGCCGCCACCAGCACAUGUUCCUGGCUGGUGGUGGUGGUAGCAGCUCUGUGGCACCCACCCCUGCCCCCGGGACGGCACCCUUCCAGCACCUUAGUGCCCUGAGGCGGCUGCUGGGCCGGCUUCAAUGGGUGGGCCUGGCCCUGAUUCCUGGGGCCUAUACAGCUAAAGCUAUAGGCAGGUUCCAUUGUAGAUGAAACCAGAAAAUCAAGGUUGGAUUAACAGCCAUCAAGUGAAUUAAGUAAAAACUAUCUCAUGAUGAAACAGCCAGGUCUGCAUGAGAAAUUGUCACUUCCCUUCACCAAGGACUUGGCUUGUGCCUCUCUAGGAUCUACAAACCAAAACUUACGGAGCAAUAAGCUGACAUUCCUCUGAACGCAAGGAUUCUUCCAAAUAGCACAGACCGACCCUGGAAAUGAGUCAGGUCCUCAGAUAGCUGAUAAAGUUGCUAUCAUGUAUCCGUAUAGGCAAUUGUGAGGCUGGUGCCCCAGGAAAAGAAUUCACAACACACAGUCUUUGGAUGGAAACAGGCCACAACAUUAUUGGUCACGGCAACUGGAGCAUUAGCGUGGCAUAGGGCACUACACUGAACGACCCCUUGCCAAUCAAGACACACAUGCUACACCAUGGGAUGUCAGAGGUGUAGCAUCCAUCCAGGGGUCACCCUGGCAGUCCCUGCCACCCAAGGUGUAGCCUGCAAUGGCCAGCCCAGGCACAUACACUUCAACUUCCUCCAGAACCCUUAAGGGAACCCCUCAAAAGGGAAGGCAAGACACCCAAUCAGCACAACUCACUGCAGGGGAUCCAGCCCAAUGCCUCAAAACCACCACAAGGGCAACACCAACACUCCAAUGGCUGCAGCAAAGUUGGAGCCCCAGACCCCUCUACCCCACUGAUGGGUCCUUGCCUUAUGCCUAGAGGAAGGCAAAGAGGCCCCCCAAGGGACGAUCGGUAUACAGAACCCUGGGACACCAGCACACAUGGAGGGCUGCUCCAUGGUAGUCCACUCGUUGCUGUUCAUCGUCCUCCAAACUUGGCAGCACACUGGACCACAUGAUCUCUGGCAUAAUCACAUCACCUGCAACUAGAACAUAGAGGCAUUAACACUUGGCUGGCCUGUGCCUGCAUGAACUCCUUGCAUGUCCCAGGAGGCCAGGGCCCUUUGGACUGGGCGAGGGCAAGGGGAAACCCAUUUUCCACUGCAGCAGGUGCAGCCCCGAUCCAGAAGAAAUGAGACUCAAAUUCCUUACAGGGAGCCAUGUGGCUGCCAUCCUGGCCUACCAGACAACAAACUAGGAUCUGGUGAGGAACGUUCCAUUAGCACACAUGAGCAAGGGACCCGGCCCCUAAGGCUUGAUGUCCCAGAAGGCUGCUGUCGCUUGCCCAAAUAAGAGGACCUUUGUGCUGCUACCCUAAGCAUGCAUAUAUCACCUCAGCCCACUGGUGAGGUGAACUGCUGGACCUGAGUCCAUAGCUCCAUCCAGUCACUUAACUAUAGUCCAACCCCAGUGUCCUACCAGAUGAUCCUGGCUUAGGUAGCUGCUCACCCUAGUAAAAUGGGUGCAGCAGGCCUCCCUGGGGACCACAACCUUGCACAUGGACAUUAAGGCCUGAAUCUCCUUCAGGAUCAUUUUUUGCCCCUAAGGACCAUGUCAAUCAUGCUCCAACAAGCUGCCAGCUUGUCUUCUGGCAAAUCUGGAGAUGCCAGCCCCAGGGCUCCAACCAGGAUGCCCAGAUAAUACAACCACUCCAUGGGACCCUUGGUCUUCGUGGGUGCUAAAGGCCCACCCAGCUCAUCCAGCCAGCCUCUAGAAAGACCCAAAGUUGGUUGGCACACACUGUGUCCCCUGUCAGCUUGGUGGACAAGCCAACAUUUGGAUAGUAUGUGACAUGAUGCCAGUCAGAUUGAUCCUCGGCUGCCAAUUCCACACGGCGCUGAAGACCUAGAAGGCCACAAAGCAUCCCACCCUCAUGAGUCUGGCCUAGUCCACAUACUACUCCCAUAAAACUCUGCCAAACAGGCAUUGAUCCUCUGGAUGCACAAGUAAGAUCCAGAAAGCAGAUUGUGACCUAGGGUUGCCAGCCUCCAAGUGGUGGCUGGAGAUCUCCCGGAAUUACAACUGGUCUCCAGGUGACAAAAAUCAGUUCCUGAGAAAAUGGCUGACUUGGAAGGUGGAUUAUAUGGUAUUACACCCAGUUGAGGUCCCUCCCCUCCCCAAAUCCCACCCUCCCCAGGGUCCACCCCCAAAUCUCCAGGAAGUUCCCAACAUGGACCUGGCAACCCUGUGUGGCCCUCACUUGGCCAUGAGUGUCCCCAGCUAGCAAAGGCGCACUACCCUGAUCAUGCGGUCGAAGGAAGUAUCCUGUACUUAGCAAGCCCUUGCCGAAAGACUGCACUGAUCUCCCAGCAUGCCCCCUUGCCUUGAACUAGGGGCCUCUCAUUUGCCCCCGUCUUGUCUCCCAGCUGCAGUGUUCCCUGCCAGUGAUUCUGUGAACCCAUUUAGGAUCCCCCUUAUGAAGCCCUUGUUCCUGCUAGUGGUGGAAAAGGACAUGGAUGCCCCUUUGAAGCUUGGCAUUUAGGUUCUGUUUCAAGCCAGAAUAGUUCUUCAACCACCAUCACUCUUGAGAGUGGUGACCUUUCUCAGGAUCAGUCAGUGUAUGAAUCUCUCUCCCCCCACCCCCAGCUACCCCCACAUUAAGCCCAUUUCCCCCACAUUGUAUCUGGCUCUGUUGCUUACUUCUCUUGGUUUUUUUCUCCUCCCUCAACACUUUCUUUCAGAGCCUUUUUCUGCCACCAGUGUAGUUUCCCUACCUUCUCCCUUUCACUCCUCCUGACUGGCCUUGGGCAUCAUGUCACUGCUUUUCUCUUUCUGUCUGUUCCCCUCAAAUCUUCAUUCUGCUCUCCUUUUGCCCUUUCUUUUGCCACUGCUCCCCAGUUUGUCUGACCAGCACGACCCCUUUCUCAGCCUUCACUGCAAUAUAUCCUCUCUUCUCUGCUGCCCUCUUCUCCAUUAUCAACUUUUUAGAGGACACCAUACAUACAUUCACAUGGAGGUUUGCUUGAACUAGCCUGGGUAGAGACAUCUAGCUAAAUGUGAAUUCUACUAGGCAUUAUUUAAUUGCUUUUCAUUGCAUUCCUGGA